CAACAGCAGACCCAAUCCUCCCUUGCAGUCGCCGGCACGAGGACAACGCCCGCGCAUCCUGCGCAGACAGCUCGUCGAAUCGCUGCCUCGUUCGUUCUAACUUCGACGCACGACGCUCGUCCCUCGCUCGCCCCGUUCCCGUCGCUCACGGACCUUUCCCCUCCAGUCUUGUCUAGACGCCCCACCUCCUGAAGACAUUCGUCUCGUCUUAUCAGCCCAGACCAAAAACCGCAGACGCCAGAUUUGAUUCUACACUUGAAUUGUAAACGAUUCGAUCAACGCCCGCCAAAAUGGGCCUCUUUUCGCGCAAGGACAAGACGCCCAAGGGCGAACAGCCCAUCAAUACGUCCAAGUCCAAUGUCAGCGUAAACUCGCACUCUUCAAGCCUGAGAUCUCCUCCUGGAGUCUCUCGCAACCCGCUCAAUCGAACUUCAGCUGCCAGCACCUCCCCCGGCACUCCCAUGAGCCCAAUGUCACCUAUUAAGCUUCCUAAGAUCGACCUUCCCCGACCCCCGGACCCUCAGCUCGACCCUGCUGGUUACCUUCGAAGUCUCGGCGCCGUAAGAGAGCGAAGCAAGAUUGUCACCGACAAGGCGCUGCGGAAUGAACUGAAGCACUUUGAUGUUGACAUGGGAAAGUUUCCUGAUGUGGUUACUUUUGUUACUGGAAUUAUCAAGCGAGACUACGAUGCCCCUUUUACUAGCAUUCCCAGCCAUGGUCGAUACCAGCACUUUUGCGUAGGCGGUCGCGAUCGCAUUGCCCAGCUUUUGUCUACCUGGCCCGAUAACGUCGAUAACACGGAGCGAUGCCGUCGUCUGAUUGAUCUUUUCCUGAUUAGUGUGCUGCUCGACGCUGGUGCUGGCACCCAAUGGAGCUACAAGAGCAACGAGAAUGGCCGUAUGUACAGGAGAUCAGAGGGUAUCGCAGUGGCCAGUUUGGAAAUGUUCAAGACUGGUCUCUUCUCUGGAAACCCCAACAACAAAUUCCAGGUCGACAAGGAUGGUCUAAAGGUCCUGACUGUUGAGAAGCUGGCCGCUGGUCUCCAGUCAAGGCCAGGCAACGAAAUCGCUGGUGUCGAGGGCCGAGCUGACCUUCUUGUCCGCUUGGGUGAGGCUAUGGCUGCCAAGGACGACUUCUUUGGUUUCGAUGGUCGCCCUGGAAGCAUUGUGGACCAUCUUCUUGGCCACCCUUCAACACAAGCAUCCUCGAUGCUUAUUGUUCCCCUCCCCGUUCUUUGGAACGUCCUCAUGACUGGCCUCUCCCCUAUCUGGCCCACGAACCGAACUGCCAUCAAUGGUGUCUCUCUCGGCGAUGCUUGGCCUUGUCAGUCCAUGCCUCAACAGGGCAACUCCCCCAAGGUCUCGGCUUUCCCCAACAGCUCCAACGCCGCUGCUUGGGAGUCUAUUCUUCCCUUCCACAAGCUUACUCAGUGGCUCACCUACUCGCUCAUGCAGCCCAUGCAGCAACUGCUGAAAAUGCAUUUUGCUGGCACUGAGCUCCUGACUGGUCUCCCUGAGUACCGCAACGGUGGUCUUUUUGUCGACAUGGGUGUCCUUAACCUGAAGAAGGAUGAUCUUGAGAGAGGUCUGGAGAACUACAACGAUUGGGUACGACGGACAGGUGCCAAGGGUGUUGAAGUUGCCCCUAUGUUUGAGCCCAGUGAGGAUAUCAUUGUUGAGUGGAGAGGUGUCACGGUUGGCUUCCUCGACAUGCUGUGCACGGAAGUGAACAAGGCACUCAAGUCUGAGCUGGGUGGAAACGAAAUGACACUGGCACAGUUGCUGGAAGCCGGUAGCUGGAGGGGUGGUCGUGAAAUUGCCGAGAUCAACAGGCCCAACACCAAGGAGCCACCGAUCUUGAUCGACAGUGACGGAACCGUAUUCUAGGCUUUGCCCUUCUUGAAUGUAUUACUGAACAAUGAUUGGACGUGAGGACUGGGUAUAGAGGAGCGGAUGGUGGAGCUUCAAAGGCUUCUCAUGGGAGAGCAUCAGCAUUAUUUCCAAGUAUCCAUAUUAUCCUGAGAGGCCAAAAGGGCAGGGGUUUAUUACAGUGGCAAAACAAGCUGCGGGCGGAAAAGGGCCAGGCAGGCUGCCUAGUUUAUAAUCGAGACGAGACGUACAAGACGUUAAAAGGAGGCGGCGUUUUUAAUUGAGUAGUCGCUUCUUGGC